AUGCUGCCCGCUUCCUCCUCUGUCCCAGCAACAACUUCAGUCCCGGCAACUUCGCCCUCAACACCCACCAACAGCACCAUCUCUUCCUCCUCGCCGACAACAACCACGGCGUCCUACGCCAUACACCGUCCACGCAACCUAUCAUCGCGGGCGGCUGAAGAAGGUCCCUACACGGAUAUCCCCCUCGUCCCCCUCUUCACAGCCAAUUCCUCGGCUGCAUCCUCGCUCCAACCCCCAGAACGCGCAUACCAACCUCCCCCUCGAAGACCUGCAAACACCCCCUUCCAUGAGCGCCGUAGUUCCCAGGGCCGCUCUCUCUUCUCAACUGUUCGCACCAGCAUCCGUAAGCCCCCAUCAUCUAGGCUCUGGAAUCCCAUUAACUACGUUCCGCGUACCACCAUCGUCACCGCCCCUCGCCCUGCUCCAGUAUCCGACACCUCCCCUUAUAUCGAGUCACAACGUGACGCUUACCCUCUGCUGACUAUCCCGGAGCAGCGGCGCAGUCGCCAACAACCCAGUCCUACAAGUCUGCUGGUGGAGCGCAGCGUCGCGGAUACUGAAAGUGGGCGUGCUAGCAUUGGGCUUCCCCCCGGUCAUCGACGAAGCGGUGUAUGGGAGAACAGCAACAUGGGCAGGGAUUCAAAGCAAUCGGGAACCCAGGGACAGAGAGAUGCGGACCACAAAAACAUCCGUCGGCCGGACCCCGCCCUUCUGCGAACUUUAGACCUACCAACCCAGGAUUCGAUUAAACCUCACUCCCCCAGUGGAGCCCAUCAUGACCAUCCCCGCCAUGUGCCAUCACAACAAUCACUACGUUCACAGACAUUCGCUUCCUUCCCUUCUGGCAAUGGCAACCACUCGUCGGGUGCCAGCGGCGGCGGUGGCGGUGGUGCGGAGGGCGAUGUCGCGGAUGAACUAGCCUGGGGUCCCUCACAUCCAUGUUUCCCCCAUAUGAACCCGCACGUCCCCAUCACCUCUCCAGAAUACCAAAAUACCCGCAUCAUCCGCAUAAGGCGCGAUUGGAUGGUAAAGGGCGACCUGGCACCAACAUUCUCAAACCUAUACCCAGAAAUCCUCGACCCGCUCCUCCCCGAACAAGAAUUCCGAACGGUAAUCGCAAAGGUCAACAACGAGCUCAUCGCGACAUUCGACCCUUGUAGCGCCCGCAACUGGCUUGACGGCACGAUGGGGUUGGUGACGGGAUGGGUCUGGGAUGACUUGGGCCUCACCGGGGUCAAGGGUCGGCUAAACUCCAUUGAGAAGUGGCUGGAGAAUUGGAAUCAGACCGUGGGUGUUGAGGAGGGCGUGAAGAUUUGGAGUUUAAGGAGCACCGGGUAUCUGUCUGUUGAUAUUCAGAUUCCGGAUCCGAAGGUUGGCAUUGUCGAGAGCGAUGGGCCGCUUGCUACGGACAUCAUAGCUGACACUGCUGGGAGGAAUACUGAGCAGCAUUACCUCCAGCCGGAGAGCUGA